AUGGUGCCAGCUCCAUUCCUUGCUGGCCUCGGUCACACCCCUGCCCCUGCUUCCAAUGCCGUGACCCGCCCCAGCACGGUAGACCCUGAGCAUUCGACCUUGUAUCAGCGCUACGAACUGCUCCAACAGUACGACAAGGACAAAAACGACUUCAUAGGUGAACUGCUUACGCGCUACGAGUACCUAAGCCAGCAAUAUCAAGCUUUGGCCUCUCAGAGUAGGCGCGAUGUCGAAGGUGAAGCCGCCUGGCAGGCGGAGAAGCCCAUGUACGAGAGAAUGGUCCAACAGUAUCAGCGAGCUCUAUCCGAGAACCCUUUCGUCAUGGUCCUGAUCGAUGGGGACGGCAUGGUCUUCUGCGAUGAGAACAUUCGCAUGGGAGAAGCGGGCGGUCGCCGUGCUGCGUCGCAGCUUGACACCGCCGUGCGCGACUGGAUCGAGAUCGAGGCAAAGGACGUACCCCUUACCUCCCGCGUGAUCUGCCGAAUCUAUGCCAACGUCCGCGGCCUUGGAGACGUAUUGGUAAGGACUGGCACAAUCAAAGAAAUUGAAGACUUCGAGGACUUUGUGCGAGGAUUCACUCGAGCAAAGACUAUGUUCGACUUUAUCGAUGUCGGCGCUGGGAAAGAUCGCGCGGACGAGAAGACCAUCGAUAACUUCAAGAUAUUUUCACAGGACUACCACUGCCGCCGACUCCUCUUCGGCUGCUCGCACGGCAACGGCUACGCACGAGUAUUGGAAGAGUGCUCAGACAAACCGGAGAUUGUAAGCAAGGUCAUCUUGCUCGAAGGUGUGCCUUUCGAGAAAGAGUUGCUACCGCUCCCCUACGGCACAAAGAAGUUUCCGAACAUUUUUCGAGACUCCAAACUCGUAGCCUGGGGUCACAACACUUUUGUUCCUGGUCAGCCGCGCCAUGUAUCCGGCGCAGGAUCCCCAGCUCAAAAGGUCUACGACAUCUCAACUGGGCUCCCCAGUCGCUUCCCAGCGCCCCCACCACAAGUGAUGGAUAGUCCCAUCCCAGCUAGGGCCACCGCCGUGGGCUUGCCACGCACACCUUCCACAUCCACGAUAGCAUCUGAUGGGUUCAUUACCACCAAGGCUACUCCACCCAUGAACAGCUGGGCAGCAAAGGCAGCUGCUCCACCGCCUCCAGCAUCCGCUUUGCCAGCAUACGAGCCAGCUGACCGUAACGAGGUCAUUGCACGCAACCGAGCUGGACAACGCAUCGAUCCGCCUUGCAAAGACUACGAUAAGACCGAAGUUGACCGCGUCAAGAAGCUCAAGUUGUGCAACGUACACUUCCUGAGGCAAGAGUGCCCGUACGAUAUGCAGUGUACUCACAAGCAUACUUACCAGCCGAGCCGCGGCGAGAUCGCUACUCUCCGCCUCGUUGCACGCAUGUCGCCUUGUCAGAAUGGCAGUGGUUGCCAGGAUGUCAAGUGCAUCUUUGGUCACCGUUGUCCUGCUCCACCUGGCAGGACAAAGGUUCCCAAGGGCGCAAAGUCUUGCAUUUUCGCGGAAACAUGCAAAUUUCCGAUUGAGUUGCAUGACAUCGAUACCAACGUUGUUAAGACGCUUGUGAUUCGUUGAUCGUCGAUGGUAGGUCUACUCUCAACACAACAUACGAUGUUGAAAGGAACAGUAAUUCUUACCAGCUUAAGGUCCAGAAAGCAUGGAGAGACCUUCGACGGGGCUUGAUGGGAUUGCAAUCGUUCAAAGAUUGUGAAGUAGCAUGGCGCGGAAUUCUGGUAAGGCCAACCGGCAGUAAUACUUCGUUUUCCAGAAGCACACAACUUUUGCAAAGAAUCUCAGCGGUGCUUGUGAUGCUAAAAGAGAGUGUCAUGAUCGGCACCAUCUGUGCUAACGUGAACAAAGAGCCCAUUUCUCCCAGCACUGAUGGUCUGUACAUUACAG